CCCCCGUGUUACUUUCCUAGUUUGUUGGACAAGUUCAGAGCUCCAUCUCUGCUGGCAGACAAGAGCUCGUGGAAUAGGCAGCGUUUGGGAACCUAGAAACGCAAAUUUUUAUAAGCAAAAUAAAAAUUCCUCCGAUUUAUAUAUGUGAGUUAAUACAGUUGUAUUUAAAGUUGUUACAAGGUAACAACAUUUACAAUACUUCUCUAAAAGAAACUCCUUGGGAAAUUCGUGAUUUAGCCUGAAGGUCAGUGUGCGUCUGUGCAAACUCCUUAUUUUUGGAAAGCCAUGCUUCCUCACUCAUCGCUGCUCCUACUGCUGUCCAUCGGUCACCUGACCGCCCCCUCAUUGGCCCUGCCCUUCGAGCAGAGGGGCUUCUGGGAUUUUGGGCUCGAUGGGGACGGAGGGGGAAUGAUGAUGAUGAGGGACGACGCGGAGGGCUCGGCCGCGGAAGAGCUGCCCCCACCGGACAUACCCUCCUGCCCCUUCGGCUGCCAGUGCCAGCUCCGCGUGGUGCAGUGCUCCGAUUUAGGACUGACUGCUGUUCCAAAGAACAUUCCGGCCGACACCAAGCUCCUGGACCUGCAGAACAACAUGAUCACAGAGCUGAGAGAAAAUGACUUCAAGGGCCUCAGCAACCUUUAUGCUCUCUCGCUGGUGAACAAUAAGUUAUCCAAGGUGCACCCGCGGGCCUUUGCCCCACUGCGCCACAUGCAGAAGCUGUACAUCUCGCACAAUCAGCUGACGGAGAUCCCCAAAAACCUGCCCCCCUCGCUGAUGGAGCUCCGUAUCCACGACAACCGUAUCAAGAAGGUGGCUACGGGCACCUUCUCUGGCAUGGGCAGCAUGAACUGCAUCGAAAUGGGAGGAAACCCCAUUCAGAACAGCGGUUUUGAGCAAGGGGCUUUUAAGGGACUCAAACUUAACUACCUACGCAUCUCUGAAGCCAAGCUCACAGGGGUGCCCAAAGACCUCCCUGACAACCUACAUGAGCUUCAUCUGGACCAUAACCAGAUACAGGCCAUAGAGCGGGAGGACCUGAAAAAAUACAAGCACUUAUACAGAUUGGGCCUGGGCUUCAACCGCAUUCGCUCGGUUGAGAAUGGCAGUCUGCCGUACCUGUUAAGCUUGAGAGAACUUCACCUGGACAACAACCAGCUUUCUCGUGUGCCACAGGGUCUGCCCGACAUGAAGUACCUACAGGUGGUCUACCUCCACAACAACAAUAUUGGCCAGGUUGGUGUGAACGACUUCUGCCCCCAGGGCUUUGGGAUGAAGAAGACUUUCUACAAUGGCAUCAGUCUCUAUAGCAACCCCGUGAACUACUGGGAGGUGCAGCCGGCCACUUUCCGCUGCGUUGCUCACCGAUUGGCCAUACAGUUCGGCAACUACAGGAAGUAGGGAGUGAGACGGAGGGAAAGAAAAAGAGAAGAAAGGAAACCAGUGAAUAAGGAGGGAGGGAUGAAGUCACCCGCCCAUAAAAGCAAAUAUGUAUAUUAAUGAUAUAGUGAGAAAGAGAAAAAAAAAACAACAGAAAAGAAGAGGUAGAUGAAGGAGAAACAAAUAGUGUGUUGUUGGUCCCAUAUAUAUAUUUUUUUUUUCCUCAAAAUCUCUGUGAUGAUUGUGCCAUGGUGUGGAGACAGAAUGCCUCAAUUCCUCCUUCCUAUGAAUUUAAAAUGGCAUUCUUUGCAUGAGAAAAGAAAACAUUCAAAAGGCCAAUUCCAAAAACAUAAAUGAUGUGACUCUUUAUUAAAGUUUUGUCCACUGACAACCAUCACAAUUGUUCUGUUUAAUGAUUUAGGAAAAGCUGGAAAAAGCAUUUCUGGUGCAGUGAUAUAUUUUUCCUUUUACAGAAUUUUGUUGAUGAUAAUGAUGAUUAUUUUAUUUUAUUUUAUUAUAUUUUGUCCAUUGUGUGCUAAUAUGAAAACAUGUCUGUUACAAAGGAAUGCCUGAAAACAUUUUUAUCAUUAUUAUAAUUGUUCUUUUUUCUUUUCUAAAAACAUUGAGUCUGGGUGAUCAAACUUGAAAAUGUGCUUUAUUUUUAUUUCAUGUUUGUAUCAUGAAUCAUCCUUGCUACAGUAACUGGGGCAUUGGCAAUCAAGUGUACCAGGUCUUCCCACAGAUCUCAAGGACAUUUUUCAAUUUUGAUGUACUGUGUCAAGUGAACUCAGUGUCUACAUUACUUACUAGCUGAAGGGAACAUCUCAAGCUAAUAUGUUUUAAAUGGCUAGGGAGAUGAAUCUAUGACUUUUUGUGCUAUGGCAGCAAUGGCUGAUGUAUUAUUCUUCACUCAAAAAUCCAAUCACUCUUUCCAAAAAGCUUUCUGUGUGGUGUACCACAGGGUUUGCAACAAGCAUAAAAAUGUAUAUUUGGCCAAUCUGCCCGGAUGCAUAUUGUGUUCUUUGCAAUUUCGAUAUGUAAGAAUAAAGAUUUUCAGCUGUACCUCUGUCAUAGGAAAAUAUUAUGAACUGUGAUUGGGAGAAAGAGAAAAGGAGCUGAUGGCAAAACAAGAGUUUGAUGAGAAGGAUGGGGUUGAAGUCAAAGAAGCUAAUUUAUAAAACUUGGUCUUUAUCACACCAAAGUCCCUCAGUUGGUCUUCUGGAUCUGUGCACUAGGUGAACUUGCUUUGCACUCAUGUGCCCUUGAUACUGUAUAUAGAGAAAAAAAAUGUUUUUGUGCAAAUGCAAUAUAGACCCAGCAAAAGGCUCUUCGUUUUUUUAGUCUAUGAUGGCCUUGUUUAUGGUACCAAGAGCAAGAGAUGUUCUGUCCUUUAAAUUACUGGAUUUGCCUGCAGUUGUCUCAGUUUUCCUUACAAUUUAUGACUUGACUUGACUGUGGACCCAUCUCUAAGCUGCCUUUCUGCUUACUAUGUGAAAAUAUAACCGAUAACAACCAA